GAGCCCACAGUUCAUGUCAAUCUUGACACUAGAGGCGCUGAUUUCGUUCCAUGUAACAAAAAAGGUGUUUUUGAACCUUUUACUGAAGUGUGAGCUAAGACGAUCUAAUGUGGAAAUGUUCUGGUUCACGAUUUAAAGCAAGUCUCUGCAAUAUUCUUAAUCAAAACCUUCUGACAUCAUGGAGAAGACAGUCCUGAAAGUCCAUUACAGUCCGAGGAAGGACUGUUUUGUAGCCAUCCCCAGGCAGUUGGAUGCCAAAUUGUUGAAUGUCUCGAAUGAAACUAUGCAGUGCACAGUCUUGAAGGUUCAAACAGAAACGGAGGAUAAGACCGUUUUCUUGGGUGUUGGCCGAGACAGGGCAUCGGAACCAAACACACUUGAAAUCAAUGGUUUAUAUGCAACCAAACUUGGAAUCAAACACGGUGACCAGGUUAUUGUGAACUGUGUGACAGGCUGUCUGUGUGAUCAGGUCUUUGUGGAACCUCUUUCAGUGAAUGACUGGGAGAUCUUGGAGCUGCAUGCUAACUUUGUUGAGGGUAACCUGCUGAAUCAAGUGCGAGUGGUAUGGGAAGGUCAGAUCCUGCCAAUAUGGGUCAGCGGCAACAUCUGUAUAUUUGUGGACAUUGGAAAAUUGAAACCAGCAUGUGAGUUUGCCGUCCUCCAAACCAACACUGAAGUCAUAGUUGCUCCAAAGGACAGACGAGAUGCAAGGAAAACAGACCUAGGCCAAGGCAAAUCUCCAUCAAAAUCUCAUCCCGUUGCUCCUGGUGGUAAACAGAACAUAAAAAAGGCAGACGACACGUUGAGUAGAAUGACUCAGACGGACCAGACGACUUCUGGUGUCAAGUCUGAUCAAAAGGUGUCGUCCGAUGGCCGUGUUGCAAUGGAAGGAGGUGCAGACUCAACAAGGGGCAUCAUGAGUAUGUUUAGAAAUUUGUGGGCUGUUCCUGGUCCGGCUGCACCUAACAUACCAAAGGUUGAAGUGAAGGAAGAGGUGGUGGAGGACAGAUCAUGCCAACCUGACAUGUUAGAUUUUGAAUUUGAGAUGUUGUUGCGUGUUCAGCCCUUUUUGAGGGUCAAGCACAGGUCGAAAGCAAAAUCCAAGGGUGAUAAGGAAAAAAUGUGUGACAAAGUUAGUGACUCUUGUGGUGGUGACUUUAGUCAAGCUGAUGCAUCAUCAUGUGAGGAUUCCUUGCAAUGGCAAGAUGUUUCCCCUAAUGUAAGGGGGAACCCUCUUGAUCCUGAACAGUCCAAAAAUGAGAGCAGAAUUAGAAGUUUAGAGUACGAACAACCCAUGUCUGUUUUUGUCGAUUUGCACACAGUGCAGAAGUGGUGGACACCGGGAAAAGUUAUCCCAAGACACUUCCUGGCAAAAAUUAUAAAAGUUUUGUCCCCGGAUGAGAAAGAGGAACAUAGGAAGUACAAUCUAGGGAAGACAAAAUCACAGCAACGUGGGGGUCCUGAAUUGCGGGAUGAAAUGUGUGGAUUUGUCCGUGUGGUCGUGACGGAUUCACCUGAGAAGCAAGGAUACGGUAGUUGUCUUGAUCACGUGACUGUGCCAGAUCAUCUGCGGCAGUUGUACAGUUUUGAAGCAACCGGUCGGGUUAUCAUCGAAGCACUGAAAACUGAACCAAAGGACAUUACUAAGUUGACGUUGUACCCAGUUUCCAAGGUGUCCUCUUUUUACACAAAAGAGAUGAUAAAAAUAGCGUUCAUGACCUGGCUUCGGCAGACAACGUCGUACUCAUGUCCGAUGGUGCUGAAUAACAAUACGACAGUGUCAUUCAGACUUGAUUCUAAAUUCCAAGUGAAGUAUCUUGUCUCCUUGGCGUCAGAGGAAACGACGCCAUGUCAAUGUUACAUCCUGAUCUACCCCCACGUUGUUGAUAAACUCGACAUCUUAGUCAUGUGUGGGUCAGUGGCGUUUGAAGCUCAAGAUUUGAUGCUGCCAACUCGAGGUCUCAGGGAUAUCGACCCAGAGGUACCCAAAUCGGUGAUCUCGCUUGGAGGCGUUGACCAACUAUUAAAAAGUGCAACAAUCUUCCUCGACACUUUGCUCGCAGUGAAACCAUUAGCUCGGGAGUUAUUCAGCGACCAGCCUGGAGUCCAGAGUGGAUGUUUACUCAUCUGUGGGCCAAAGGGAGCUGGCAAGAGUCUCUUCUGCAGCGAGAUCUGUGAGAGGUUCUCCAAGCCUCCUCAUCUGGCAUAUGUAAAUGUAGUAAAGUGCAUGACACUGAGAGGUAAAAGACCCGAUACAAUUCAGAAGAUUCUCUCGCAGGCUUUGUGUGAGGCGGAAUGGCGCCAGCCAUCCUUGGUCGUCCUGGAUGACCUCGAUCACGUCUGUAGCCAACCCUCUGGCCCUGAGACCAUGAUUGGUACAGAAGCAUUGUAUUACAUGUACAUUGCAGAGGUGAUAAAAGCUUUGCUACAAGAGCAUGUUGAAAAGAGGUCGAGGGUUGCUGUCAUUGCAACUGUCCGUUCGAUGUCGUCCAUCCACCAGAGCCUGAUCAUGUCGCGUGGGAUACAUUACUUCCAAGAGGUCAUUGAAAUAAAGCCUCCAAACCAGGUCCAAAGACAUGAUAUUCUCGUCAACCUGAUCAAGUCCCAUCCUGUGAUCAGCCCUGAAACAACUGACCAACUGGACUUCAUCACGAUCUCUGGAAGAACAGAAGGUUUCAUUGCGCGCGACCUUUCGAAGGUCGUUGAUCGCGCCUUCCAUGCAAGCUUGUCGCAAAAUCCUCAUUCCAGUAAAAAGGAAUGCACUCUGGAGAUGGACGAUUUUGAAGCAAGUUUGGAAGAUUUCACUCCGUCUGCUCUACAUCAUGUCUCUCUGCAAGUUGCGGGGAAUCUUGGUUGGGAGGAUGUCGGAGGGUUGAAAAACAUCAAAGGGAUUUUGGAGGAGACCUUUCUUCUACCAGCCAAGUAUCCGAAGCUAUUUUCCCAGUGCCCCCUGCGACUUCGAUCAGGGAUCCUCCUCUAUGGGCCCCCCGGUACAGGUAAGACUCUCCUCGCUGGGGUAGUUUCCAAAGAGUGUGGACUGAACUUCAUUAGUAUCAAGGGCCCCGAACUCCUCAGCAAGUAUAUUGGUGCUAGUGAACAAGCUGUGAGGGACACAUUUACGAGAGCCCAGAGUGCCAAGCCUUGUAUCCUAUUUUUUGAUGAGUUUGAAUCGAUUGCUCCAAGGCGAGGCCACGACAGCACUGGUGUGACUGACAGGGUCGUCAAUCAACUGCUCACUCAACUUGAUGGAGUGGAAGCUUUGGAGGGCGUCUAUGUCCUUGCUGCCUCGAGCCGUCCAGACCUGAUAGACCCGGCCCUCCUCCGUCCGGGCAGAUUGGACAAGUCUGUUCUGUGUCCAAUGCCAAACGAGAACGAGAGGUUAGAAAUCCUGGAAGCAUUGACGAGGAAGAUGAUUCUCGCUGAUGAUGUUGAUCUCGCUGCUGUGGCCAAGGUCUGUGAGCACUUCACUGGGGCUGACUUUAAGGGUCUGCUCUACAGUGCUCAGUUAGAGGCCAUCCAUGGACAGUUUGAUAGCAAGAUUUUAGAGAAAUCAUCUGUCUUGGCUAAGAGAGUUGAACCACAGGUCCAGAAAGUCAUUGAGAAGCCUAGGGAUCGGAUUACCUAUAUGCCGAGCCUCGAGGAAGGGGUAGUUGAGCUUGCCCCUGAUCUGGAGAACAGGCUGGAGGAACAGAUUGCAAACCUCCUUGAGCCAUUCCAAGAGCCGACAACAUCUGCACGUCAUCGAAAAAAGAAGCUCUCCAGGACGCUGUCUGCGUCGAGGGCCAUCACAGUCACCCAGGAUCACCUCAUGAAGGUGGCCCUAGAGCUGCAGCCCUCGGUGUCGGCAACUGAGAGGUGGAGGUUUGAGAAAAUAUAUGAAAGUUUUGUGUCAUCUCGGGGCGGAAUAUUUGGCUCGCAGGCGCCCCCUGGGGGUCAAAGAGCCACUCUAUCCUAAGCAUGAAUGAAUGAAGGUAUAUCAAGAUCCUUUGGCACUUGGUAAUGGAGGGUAAAUUAUUCAAGGGUUUCUAACCGCCAAAUAACCAAAUAACUAAUGGUGAUGGAGCGUUAAUUAUUCCUGGUUUUCUAAUCAAAUAAUCUAAUUACAUGUACUAAUCAGACUGAAAAUACUGCCAUAUGAUACUGUUAUUGAUAGUAAAGCUGCAAUUGUUCAAAGUCCAGGGAUGUCUCUAGUGAUUCUCCUAGAUAGUAAGUAGAAAUGAAAUCUUGCUAACUGUUUUAGGUAUAAAAAGAGACAAAAUGUUUUGUAUGAUUAGCCAAUUAUGGUAUCAUUGAUUAAAUCGUAAACAUAAAUGAUUUGCGUGCUAAAUUAUACCGUAAUGGCUUUUCCUUACUUUUGCAAGGAAUGGGAUAAUAUUUCUUUGAAAAAACUAGUAUCCCAAGGCAUCUACAAGAGCCCACUAAUCUAUCUUCCCUUAGUGUUCUUAAAUGAUAAUAGUGUCCCAAAAUGCACCCAUAAGGUAUAAUCUGAUCAAACAAAUGAAAAAGUGUCCAAAACUAUGAUUAAUGUGAUAUAUCAAAACAUAACAAUGACUUAGAGUAGGUUUAUUAAGGAUGUCGUAAUAUGCUAAAAGAAGCCCAUAGGCAUCAUCAAAAAGAACAUCAGCCAGUUGACAGAACCCAUAUUCUAUUAGUUAUGAUAGUUUUGCCCAAAAUGGAAAGAUGGGUAAAGAAGAUUAGCAGCAUGGCCCACAAACGUAUAAAAUGUAAUUUGUGGAAAUCUAAUCAACUCGACAUGCAAAGAAGCACUUUGGGUCGAGAACCACAAUUGUGAGUUUUUUGGCAGCGCGUUUUCUCCACCUGUUAAGGUGAUGAAUGUAAAGGACAAAAGUGUCAGAUGUGUCACUCGUGGGAGAAUUGGUAUCAAUCAGAGAUCUGGUUAGGAGGACCAACUGAUUGUCAAACCGGUUAGAGGCCAAUUGGCGAACUGUGCAACCGCAAUCAUUGUGCAGGUCAUCCUGUGAUGAAUGAGGGUGUUCUAGUAAAUUGUCUGUUGGGAUAAUUCAUAAUUCUGUGGGGCUUUGGAGAACUUUUGGGACUAAUGUUGUAAUAUUCGUAAGAGUUUUGGAACUUUUGUAAUAUCUUCUUUUUCAAUUAGUCUGGGCUGUAUUUCCUUAAGGCACAUUUUCCCUUUCACCUGCCUUCCCAUGUAGAGAAAGACGAGCCUUCCUUGGCUUUUCACUAUUGGUUGAAAGGUCAUUUUGUUGUUGAACCCCAUUGAAAAUACAAAUUUGUUCUUAUGGAAAAAUACAAUGUUAAGACUUUGGUGAAGGUUUCAUGUAAAAUUUUAAGUCGUUUUUAAAACUUCAAGCAUACUGAUUAUUAGUUCACCUAGGCUGCUGCAGUUAUGCAUCUUCUGUGUAUAAAGUGACAAUCUCCACUACCCAUGCUUGGAGGUUGUGCAUUGCAUCGCUGACAUGUUUGUGUUAGCUACAAUGAUCUUGAACCUGCAUUCCUUCUGCUACACCCUGUCCAAUCACUUGUAGAUUUAUCAUAUUGUUGAUUUAUAUCCUUCAUGUACUUUGUAAGACAUGAUUAGCUUGUUGAUUUUGAAGAAAAAAUAUGAAUAAAUGAUUUGUUGAAAUA